AUACUACUUACUCUGUUACCUUAUGCAACUCGACUAAUUCUUUUAUCAAAGUAUCGGAAUCAAGUACUUAAGCAAGGCAUAUCUAGGAGCUAGUGCUGUCCUCUACUCUCGUCAUACCCUUUUCUCCAGGUGCAGCACUCACUCCACCUCCCUCUCCAUUGCGAAGUUUACCAUGCUGUCAUUGCCCUCGACCCCACCCCCAAAGUCAAAAAUUCUCGUCUUUGGAGCAGGCAAUUUUGGAAGCUGUUUGGCGGACCAUCUUGGAAACUCGGACCAUGAAGUAUUCAUGUGGUCUCGGGAAGCUCGUUUUGUGGAAUACUUUAACAAGCAUCAGCGGAACCCAGACUACCUGAAAGAUCACGAAUUCUCAACGAAUAUUCGCGUUGUUGGCCCAGAGAUACCCAGCAAGGAGAUGAUGAAACAGAUGGACGUUUUACUUUUUGCAAUACCAACGCAAGGCGUCAGAGAAACACUCAUCAAACUACAACACAGCCUAGACCGCGCAAACUUGCCUUUGAUGAUUUUUGUCAACAAAGGUAUUGAAACAGACACGCAGGCACUAACACUCGAGAUCAUCGCUGAUACUUGCGGAAGUGAGAUUGCCCGCGCGGCAACUUUUAUUUCUGGACCGUCGUUUGCAAAGGAAAUUGUUCGCAGGCAGCCGACUUCCGUUUCUGUUGCAUCUCUAACAGAAUCGCAAGCAAAGAAAGCGUCAGAGAUAUUUCAUCAGCCGUGGUUCCGGUGUUACACUGGAUCUGAUCCGAUAGGGUUAGAACUUGCAGGCGCCCUUAAAAACGUUUACGCUAUCGCCACAGGCCUCGCCGAUGGACUCGGAUUCGAGAAUAACACGAGAGCCGGCCUCAUUACUCGUGGCCUCGCGGAAAUGACGCGAAUCGGAACCGCGUACGGAGCGUCACCAUUGACGUUCUUAGGGCUUGCCGGUGUGGGAGACCUGUUUCUUACGUGUAGUUCGCCGACCAGUCGUAAUUACACCGUGGGCUAUCGAUUGGGUAAAGGAGAGCCGCUGGAAGAUAUUAUCGAGACGCUUGGUAGUGUAGCUGAGGGAGUGACAACAGUGAAGGGAUUGAAGAAGAUCAUCGAUGAGAUGCAAGUGUCCGCGCCUCUUGCCAAUGGGAUAUAUGCUCUUCUCUAUGAAGGAAAAGACCUGCAUGAAGGUAUACAAGAGUUGAUGUGUCGCCCGCCGUCGCGUGAACUGGACCUGCCGGAGAAAGCAGGGGAGCCUGCCAAAAGGUUAAUGCAGAAACUAGGAUUGGACGCAUGAACCUUUUCAUAUACAUAGUUGGAGUGAUUAUUGAAAGUCUCGAGCAAGGCUCCCGUUUCCGUAUGGCAUGUGAUCGUGACUUGAUAACACGUCUUCCUGAAAAGGAACGUUACACCCGGUGCCUAGAUCAAUGACCCACGAGUCGACUAUACAUGCAUACGUAGGUUCACGCGUAGAACGACUGACUAUCCUCCAAGUACUCCCAAUAAUUUAUUGAUUGUAGCCAGAUCUUCUACGAACCUGUCGUGAAGUGGUCCUACGGUGGAUCAGGUGAAUC